GUCACCGGAUCAGCCACAGCUGCCUCCGGCUGCUAUUUUCACUCCAGCAUAAAGCGGCAUGGGGAGCCAACAGCUCCAGCCUGGACUAGCAGCCUUCACACACACUCCCAGCCUUCUCUACGCCCACGCCAUGAAGUCCGCAGGGGCCAAGGACCACCCGUCCUCCUGCCUCUCUUCCCCCUCGGACCCGGAGGAGCUGGAGAGUGGAAGCGAAAGCUCAGAGAAGUCGACAGGUGAACCUGGGAAGCGCACCCACCGACCUACCCGGAGGUUGGUGGGGGUCAGUAAACAGAGGCAGGCGGCAAACGCCCGUGAGCGUGACCGGACACACAGUGUGAACACGGCCUUCAGCGCCCUGCGGACUCUAAUCCCCACCGAGCCGGCUGACAGGAAGCUGUCCAAGAUUGAGACACUGCGGCUGGCCUCCAGCUACAUCGCCCACCUCGCCAACGUCCUGCUGCUGGGUGAGACCUGCAGAGAUGGGCAGCCGUGUCUGCAGUACCGCGGCGUACUGCAGGGUGGUGCCACCCGUGCCUCACUCAGACCCAUCUGCACCUUCUGCCUAGGGAACCAGAGGAAAAUGAUGCGAGCCGGGGAGAAGCACACAGUGUGAGUCCACGGACCCGGACAGUUGGACAGGAUGGGACGGGACUGGACGGGACAUUGCGUCCUCUUCAACGUUUACAUGUAAAGACUCUUGUACAGACAAAACAAGCAGAUGUAUAUUUUUUUUAAAUCUGAGGACAGACGGAAACAGAACCUGAAAAUCAAACACUGAAAUGCACUUUUUUUCCCCCCACCCCACUCUUUCGUUUACAAGUGUGUGUGAGUGUGUGUACGUGUGUUUGUGUCUAUGCCCUUGUUUUGGUGAGUGUAAUCAGAGCCUAGCGUGUAAAGCUGCACCUGGCACAAAGUUAUUUCAGUGUCAGAUAUAGUAAGCCUCCACGGGCCUCUCCUUAAAAAACAAGCCCCAUGUCUGGCCAUCCCAGGUCACAUGAUGGUAACCGAAACCUGCAGCGGUUGCUGUCAGUACACAGUCACAGCACUUUUGGGCAAACCCCCCCCGGUACCCGCCGUUCCUUCUUCUCUAUAGACUACAGAUAUGUUCACGUUACAGGGUCGAAGUGACAAAGCGCUGCACUGACCCGUCACUGCCCUGCCCUCACAGAUCAGCCAGAACAUUAAAACCUGUUUUAAUAACACUGGAUGAUAUGGAUCCAGUGGCACCUGUCGAGGGGUGGAUCUUUUAGACAACUAAAGUGAACAGUCAGUUCUGGAAGCUGUGAAACUGUGACGUCUUGACGACUGGGUCAGAACGUCUCCAAAAUAUCAGGCAGGUCUAGCAAUGGUCAGUACCUACCAGUACAACCAGUGAACUUUUGAUAGGCUGGGUCAUGGGUCCCACCUCACAACUUGUACAGAACUUUAAAUCUGCUGCCAAUGUUUGUUAGUGCAAGUCAGAUACAACAGGAAUCUUCAGAGGUCUUGAGGAGUCCAUAGUGAGACCUACAUACCAUAAGGAAAGUGUUUUUAAUGUUAUAGCUGAUAUGCAUGAUGGAGGCUCACCUGGCGUUACAGGAAUAGCUUGUGCUAACUUAGCACUGAGGACUGUUUAGAGAUAGCUAGCUAAUGUUUUACAAUGGAGAUCAUGAAUGACCUCAGCUGGGUCAAUCUUUUUAAAAAGCUGCUUAUUAAAAGAGGACUGUUGCUGGUUGAUUUUCAAACCUACCCUACGCUGGUCAAGAGCUAAGCAGGUCAACCAACAUAACCAGCCUGAGCAGCUUGAGCUAUCUAUGCUGAUUGUUUCUUCUCCAGCAGAGCAGUGACUUUAGCUGUUUUAGGAUAGCUGGCUUGACUUUAUUGUUCUAAACUGAAGCUGGAGAACCUUACCUGCCUAACCUGGAUACUUGGAAAAAGCUGAAAUAAGAGUAUCUGUACCACUGCAGAGCACAGCCUUAUCUUUACAUCAUGAUCUAUUUGCACUAAGAUUAGCAAACGUAACCAAAAUGAUGAAGCACUUUUUAUCAUAUUACGAGAAUCUACCAAAGACUAUGAGAUAGGUCUCACUCCUAGUAAUGCUGCAACUUGAUUUUGCAGAGCACCAGCUUGACGUUCCCCCAUCGUACGGACCCUAUACAGAUUAGAGCUUAGAUCAGGCCCGAAAAAUUCAGCCCAACCUGGCCUGAGCCUUUUUAGUCAUUAAAAGUGUGUUAAAACUGAGCUUUCAAAUAUCAUUUGAACGAAAUCUGUUCAAAAUGAUUUUAAUUAAAAUUGCAACACUGAAGAAGCAUAGAUCUAUUAUUUAAGAAAAAUAUUUAUGAAGAACAGAUCUCUAAAAGAUUAAAACAGGAUCAAUGCGAACAAUAAUCCACAGGCCUAAACAUCGGUAAAUUAGACUACAAGAAUUAUGUCUGAAUUACUUUCCUCUAAUACAAUUUCACAUGGUUUAAGAAUAUAAAACACUUUCUGAACGAAUGAACACUAUAAUGUUUAGCAUAUUUAGCCUAAGUGCAAAAACACAAAAAACAAUAAUAAGGCCACGAACUGUAUAAUCAUUUAACUUUCUACUACUCUAAUAUAAUUACCUAUGUUUAAGAAUAUAAAAUACCCUCUAAACAAAUUAUUUAUUUUAUACUAAGCAAAUAUCCUAGGUCCAAAAACACAUACUGUGCAGCUAUAACAUUCUAACAUUUAAAAACAGUCUGGUUUGUUACUUUGCAAUAUUGUGAUCAUCAUGCCAUAGUUUUAUAUAAAAUCAAAUAAAAAUAGCAUUAAAAAACAAAGCCCGACCCGACCUGGCCCAGGGAAAGUGGUGGGAUAUCUCAGCCCGACCCAAUGCCAAUUCUUGGAGUAGACAUCUACUGGCCACUAUAGCAGGACCCUUAAUAACAGGUUUUGCCAAUCAGGUGCCAAUUAUGGGCAUGACAGCGAUGACAGAAAGGCCUGUAACACUUUGGCUAAUCGUGUAAACCCCUAAUCUGAAUUUAUAUCUUAUUUAAAGUCUGCACUUAGCUAAUAGAGUUAAUAUGGAAGUGAGGAGGGAUUUCAUAUUACUGUAAUCAUAUUUAAUAUUACUCUGUAUAUCAGUGUCUAGGGCUGUGAGGUCAUCUGAAACCUGAAUGUUUACUUUGACUCGUUUGCGUGUAUUGCACAGAUUGAUUCGUUUUGUAGUGUCUAGAGCCUGAUUAGUGUCUAGAGCCUACAGUCUGUUUAACAGAACACAGAACGUCUCCGGCGCAGUGUUUUAAAGCUUAUAGUGAGUGUUUUUAAUAUGUCAUAUAGUGGUGCUGAAUCAGGGUUAAUCUUCUUUAACAUGCUUUAAAAAUAUUCAAGUGCAAUUUACAGUGGCUUGCAAAAGUAUUCCUACCCCUUGAACAUUUUCACUCUUGGUCAUCUUACAACCACAAACUUGUUAAAUGUGUUUUAUCGAGAUUUUAGGUGACAGACCAACACAAAGUAGCACAUAAUUGUAAAGUGAAACAAAAAGGAUACAAAUCUGAAAAGUGUGAUGUGCAAGUGCAAGUAUUUAGCACCUUAUUUCAAUACUUAGUAGAGCAACCUUUUGCUGAAAAUACAGUUGCAAGUCUUUCAGGGCUUGUCUCAACCAGUUUUGAGUAUCUCUCUGAAACUGAGAUACUUUCUUUGCAAAAUAGCGCCCUGUCUAGAGCGUCUGUAAACAGCAUUUUUCACGUCUUUGCAUUGAUGCUCAUUGGGAUUUAGGUCAGGACAUCUAAACCAUCCACUGUAGUUCUGGCUGUAUGUUUAGGGUCAUUGUCUUGCUGGAAGGUGAAUCUCCAUCCCAUUCUCAAGUGUUUUGCAGACUCCAGCCGGUUUAUUUCCAGGAUUGCCCUGUAUUUAGCUCCAUCCAUGGAGCUGCGGAUUUCUGCAGCUCCUCCAGAGUGAUGAUGGGCCUCUUGGCUGCUUUUCAGACCAGCUCUUUUCUUGCUUCUUGAUCUGUCAGUUUGGAUGAACGGCCUCGUCUUGCUAGGUUUGAGGUUGUAGAAUACUUUUUUCAUUUUUGGAUGAUGGAAUGAACAGUGCUCCUUGGGAUGCCAAAGGCUUGGGAUAUGUUUUUAUUCUCUAAUCCUGUUUAAACGCUCUCCAAAACUUCUCUGUCUGGUGAAAGCAUUGGUCUUUAUGAUGCCUUUACAGAAAUGAGACUAAAUUAGACGCAGCUGGGCUCCACUAAUAAACUAAUUGAGUUCUGAAGGCAAUUGAUUGCACUGGAUUUUAUUUAGGGGUUUCAGAGUAGGGGGCUGAAUACUUUAGCAUGUCACACUUUUCAGAUUUGUAUUUAGUUAAAAUAAAAAACAUAUAUAAUUUUUAUUUCACUUCACAAUUAUGUAGCUACUUUGUGUUGGUUUAUCACUUAAAAUCUCAAUAAAAUACAUUUAGGCUGUGGUUGUAAGGCGACACAAUGUGAAAAACUUAAAAAGGGGGUAUGAAUACUUUUGCAAGCCACUGUAACUAUUUCAUCUGUGAACAGAAUACUCACAAAAUGUCAUGCAGUGCAACCAUACAAAUAAUAUUUAAGUAAAUCAUAUUAUAUAAAACUCUGACCAUGCUGUUUAAAAAGCAUGAAUAAUAUAAUAAAAGUCCCUGUUAAUUGGUUGCGCACCAUGACACUUGAGGAAAUUUGAGGUUUUUGCAUAUGUGGCAUAUAUACUAGACAUUUUAGAUCUAAAAUAUUUUUAUUUUAUUUUUUUUAAGAAAAGCGUACAUACAUUUAUGAAAACAAGCUGUUGUAAAAUAUUGUGUUAAAUAAUUCUCCUUAUAAUUGUUAGUGUUUAAUAUACAUAAAAUAUUGAUAAAGACUGCAGAUCACAUGCACGUCACAUCAUUUACUCAAUUCUAGUUGAUGUAAUGAAACUUUUGGAUCUAUUCUGGACCUCUUUGUUGCACCACGUCCUAAAGGAAUGUAAUUUUGCUUUACUAUGUAUUUCUACAUUCACAAAAGCCUCAAACAGACCUUAUUUAACAACAAGAACCCUGAAUUUAGUAACUGCAUGUUUUGUCUCCUACCUCUAAAAUAUGAAUUCAGUACGCUGCGCCUCGAACCCUGUCAACAUACUUGAAUUGUCCUUUGCACAUGGCAAUGUGAAAGCUGCUGCUAUUUAAAUGAUCAUGUAUUUUUUUGUACAGUAAGAGAAUUUUGUCUGUACUCUUCUUGUGAUUUUCCAAAACCUAAUAAAUUAUUUUCAAAAAUCA